UCUAGAUACACCAGAUGAUUCCUGAAAAUAUCGGCGAAGGGUAUAUAACCAUGGCGUGUACAAGUUGUGGUCAGAAUCAGAAAAGUGAUCAGUCCUACACGGAAGUAGCAGAGAGAAGAUAUUAUAUCUGUGUGCAUUAUACAUACACGGCGUCAGGACAUUAUUGUAAACAGUACAUAUUCUACUUUCGAUUUGACACUUGAAGACGGACAUGGCAAACUCACGUAAAGCUCCAGCUAUUGGAAUAGAUCUGGGUACGACAUAUUCCUGUGUCGGAGUAUUUCAACACGGAAAGGUGGAGAUAAUUGCCAACGAUCAGGGCAACAGGACCACGCCUAGUUAUGUGGCUUUUACAGACACGGAGAGACUGAUUGGUGACGCAGCCAAGGGCCAAGUGGCUAUGAACCCACAGAAUACAGUGUUUGAUGCAAAGCGAUUAAUUGGGCGUAAAUACGAUGACAAGAAUGUCCAAUCGGACAUGAAGCAUUGGUCAUUUAAGAUCGUCAACAACGCAGGUAAACCAAAGAUUCAGGUGGAUUCCAACGGCGCCACAAAACAGUUCACACCAGAGGAGAUUAGUUCCAUGGUACUUUCUAAAAUGAAGGAGACGGCUGAAGCCUUCCUGGGUCAAAAGGUCAAGGAUGCUGUGAUCACUGUGCCGGCCUACUUUAAUGACUCUCAGAGACAGGCGACAAAGGAUGCUGGGAUGAUCGCCGGACUUAACGUCCUCAGAAUUGUCAACGAACCUACCGCUGCCGCUCUUGCCUAUGGGCUGGACAAGAAUAUGAAAGGAGAGAAAAAUGUCCUCAUCUUUGAUCUCGGUGGAGGAACAUUUGAUGUGUCCAUUCUAACUAUCGAUGAGGGGUCAAUUUUCGAAGUGAGAUCUACUGCUGGUGACACACACUUAGGUGGGGAGGAUUUCGACAACAGGAUCGUCAAUCAUUUUGUGCAAGAGUUCAAACGGAAAUAUGGUAAAGACUUGAGUCAAAACACCAGGGCAUUGAGGAGACUACGUACUGCAUGUGAACGUGCAAAGAGGACUCUGUCGAGCAGCAGUGAAGCAAGCGUUGAAAUCGAUUCUCUGUUUGAGGGAAUAGACUUUUACAGUAAGCUCACGAGAGCCAGAUUUGAGGAUUUGUGUGCCGACCUAUUCCGUUCUACUCUAGAACCUGUGGAAAAGGCACUUCGAGACGCCAAAAUGGACAAAUCGAAAAUUCACGAGAUCGUGUUGGUUGGUGGAUCUACACGUAUACCAAAAAUCCAAAAAAUGCUGGAAGAUUUCAUGAAUGGAAAACAACUUAACAAGUCCAUAAAUCCUGACGAGGCAGUGGCGUACGGUGCUGCAGUUCAGGCCGCUGUGCUCAAUGGCGACAGUAGUGACGUCAUAAAGGACGUUCUUCUAGUGGACGUGGCCCCUCUGUCCCUCGGAAUAGAAACAGCGGGAGGUGUGAUGACGAAGCUGAUCGAAAGGAAUACUAGAAUUCCAACCAAAACCUCACAGACCUUUACCACGUAUUCUGAUAACCAGCCAGGUGUGAGUAUUCAAGUGUUCGAGGGAGAGCGAGUUAUGACCAAGGACAAUAACCAACUAGGAAGGUUUGAACUAAAUGGUAUCCCUCCAGCACCACGAGGUGUUCCACAGAUUGAUGUCCAAUUUGACAUUGACGCUAAUGGGAUACUCAAUGUGUCGGCCGAGGACAAAAGUACGGGGAAAUCCAACAAAAUCACCAUCACCAACGAUAGGGGACGUCUGAGUAAAGAGGACAUUGAGAAAAUGGUAGCCGAGGCGGAAAAAUACAAAGAUGAGGACGAGAAACAAAGGAAACGAGUUUCCGCCAGGAAUGAGCUCGAGAACUAUAUUUUCAGUGUCAAACAGGCCAUGGAAAAUGUUGGAGACAAACUAUCGUCAGAGGAAAAAUCAGCUGUCAGUCAGGGAUGUGAGGAUAAUCUGAAGUGGUUGGACAGUAACACAAUGGCUGAUGUGGAGGAAUACGAAUUUAAACUAAAGGAAUUCCAGAAACUGUGUUCACCUAUAAUGGCCAAACUCCACGGAGGUUCCCCACAGGGUAAUCCCAGAGGGGCACCUCAGGGGAACUGUGGUCACGAGACACGUGACAGGACAAGUACAGGCCCUACAGUGGAGGAAGUGUACUAAGGAAUCGGUCAUUAACGGUCAAUUUUUAAGUUACACGGAUAUUGCUCAUUUACAUAAGCUCGAGUAGAGAUUUACGUAAAACUUUGAAAUUGAUAUAGUACAUGCAUUGACAUUUUUGCUCAUAUAUUUUUUUUCUAUUUUGUUAAAUUUGUUGAUUUAUUAUUUUGAUAUACAAUGAUGUACACACGUAUUGUGCUGUUGUGCCAAGAUUUACUAUGUCAUUAAGUUUUCAUUGUUAACUUUUAUGUUUAUGCUGUUAUCAAUAAAAUAAGAUGAAAAUGUG